AUGGGAUUCCGACUACAAAAGCCCGCCGCAACGGAGGGCAGAACUUGGCCGGCCAUUCUGAUCAGUGGUUUUGUCGCAUUCGGCGGAAUCCUCUUUGGGUAUGACACCGGCACAAUCAGCGGCAUCCUCGCCAUGCCCUAUUGGGCCCAGACUUUCUCAACUGGCUACAGAGACAGUACCGGUCAACUGAACGUCACAGCUAGCCAGUCUGCCGCGAUCGUGUCUAUUCUUUCCGCAGGAACCUUUUUUGGUUCACUGGCUGCUGCACCCAUGGGUGACUUCAUCGGCCGCCGUUGGGGACUGAUUGCGUCCAACGGCGUCUUUGUAGUGGGCGUCGUGUUGCAAACUAUUGCGACAUCCAUUCCUCCCUUCCUUGCUGGGCGGUUUUUCGCAGGAUUUGGGGUCGGGCUUAUAUCUGCUUUAGUCCCGCUCUACCAGUCUGAAACGGCCCCCAAAUGGAUCCGUGGUUUUAUCGUGGGUUCCUAUCAGUGGGCAAUUACUAUCGGUCUACUCCUGGCCUCGGUGGUCAACAAUUCCACUCAUCAGCGGGAUGAUUCAGGGUCCUACCGCAUUCCGAUUGCGGUGCAAUUUGCCUGGUCCAUUAUCCUGGUCGGCGGAGUCCUGGUCCUGCCUGAAACCCCUCGGUACCUGAUCAAGAAUGGAAAGAGGGAAGCCGCCACAAAAAGCCUCGCCAAACUGCGUCGUCUGCCCGAGGACCAUGCCGCAGUCCAGAGCGAGCUGGGGGAGAUCCAGGCCAACCACGAGUAUGAGAUCAGCCUGGGCGGCUCCAGCUAUCUUGACUGUUUCCGUGGAAAUAUCGGAAAACGCCUGUUAACAGGCUGCCUCCUGCAGGGGCUGCAGCAGCUUACGGGCAUCAACUUUAUCAUUUACUACGGCACACAAUUCUUCAAGAACUCGGGCUACGACAAUGAAUUCGUGAUCAACCUGAUUAUCAACUGCGUCAAUGUUGGUUCCACUAUUCCAGGCCUCUAUGCCAUUGACAAGUGGGGUCGGCGUCCAGUGUUACUGGCAGGCGCGGUUGGUAUGUUCGUUUCGCAGCUCCUGGUGGCUAUCCUGGGGACUACAACCACCAGUCAGGAUAGUAAAGCAGCAAUUGCCUUUAUCUGUCUCUUCAUCUUCUUUUUCGCUGCUUCGUGGGGCCCAGUCGCGUGGGUCGUUACCGGAGAGAUCUUUCCCCUCAAAACCAGAGCCAAGUCUCUCUCCAUGACUACCGCUACCAACUGGAUCGUCAAUUGGGCAUUGGGGUACUCCACACCCUACCUGGUCAACUAUGGCCCCGGGAACGCGAAUCUUCAGUCUAAGAUCUUCUUCAUUUGGUCCGGCUGCUGUUUCCUCUGCAUAGUGUUUGUCUACUUUAUGAUCUACGAAACCAAGGGCCUAACCCUUGAGGAGGUCGAUGAACUCUAUAGCGAAGUCACGGCGGCCCGGAAAAGUGUAGGUUGGACCCCAAGCAUCACUUUCACGCAGAUCAGAGACGCAGGCGCGAUGAAAGACAGCGAGAAACACGUGUCAGAGAAGCACGAAGAGAAUUAUGUGGCUCAUGAGGCGACAUGA